AUGCCCGGCUCUGGAGAGAGAGAGGCGACACAGGCCGAAAUGGAAACAAGGCGCGACAGCGUUUCCGAUCUGUGCGACCUCGCGCAGGCGCUGCAAGUGGCCACGGGCGAGACAGAGGAGGACCCGAGACAAAUGUCACGCAGCGGAGAGUGCGACCCGAACGAAACCCGCCAUCACUCGGAAGGAGGGGGGCAAAGGCACUCCCAGUAG